AUGGGGGCCGCAUGUCCGAGCGUGCUCUUGGCGCUCGUGCUGGCACUCAGCUCGAGGGUCGCAGCGCAGCCCAGCAUCACUGCAGGCCAAAAUGGAACGUUGCACCUUAAUGCACCAGAGGGCGUUCGCUACAAUGGCCGAGACCUAACGGCAGCCCUUGCCUUUGCCCUCAAACACCCGCAACUGCCCUGGCUCGCCGAGGCUAGCGUGAUUGCAACCGGCAUCCCUCAACCCAUGGCUCUCGUGGCUGCCGAUUUUGAUCUUGAUGGACGCCCCGAUCUCGUGACGGCCAGCGCCUCGGCCGAUCGCGUUGACCUGUACCGUAACCUUGGUGGGGGUGCCUGGGCCACGGCAGUCAACAUCGCAACGGGUGUGGAUGGCGCGCGCGUCCUGCGAGCGGCCGACCUUGACGGGGAUGGGCAUCCGGAUGUUUUGAGCGGUGCCAACGGUGGCGGGCAAAUCUACUGGCAUCGCAAUCUUGGCAGUGGUGCUUUCGCCGAUAAAGUACUCCUCGCGACCUGUACCUCACUCCAAGAUGUAUAUGUGGCUGAUUUGGACGGUGAUGGUCGCUUAGAUAUCAUCCGUACUAGCGGUAAUACGGCUCGGCUGGCCUGGUACCGCAAUCAAGGUAAUGGUAUGUUUUCUGAUACCAUUACAGUUGCCACCGGCACCAUUCCUACCUUGGUGCGCGCCGCCGACUUGAAUCAGGACGGCGCCUUGGACCUCCUUGUGGUCACCGGCGGCGGGGCCAGGGCGGUUUGGUACCGCAACCAGAAUAGCGGUGCCAACUUUAACGCACCUGUCACCAUCUACAGCACUUCGGGAAUGAUCAGUGCCCUCGAGGCCGGCGACCUUGACAACGAUGGUGUUCUCGAUGUCUUGGUGACGGAUCGCGUUUUGGAUAUCGUCUGCUGGCAUCGCAACGACGGAAUGGGUAGAUUUGGUGAUGCUCAAUACCUUCCAGCUCACUUGGAUGCACCAGUCCAUGCCUCUGUCGCUGACCUAGACGGGGAUGGGUUGCUAGACAUUCUUGUCCUCAGCAAUGCGGAUAACCGAGUUUUGUGGUUUCGUAACCGUGGCGCUGGCCUUUUGGCUAUGGGCGUCAACAUCAGUGCAGACAUUGCGGCCCCAACCGCGCUGGCCACGCUCGAUAUCGAUGCAGACGGCGAUCUUGACAUUGCCGUGACCAGUGGCGUAGACUCGACCCUCGCAACUCUCUUCAAUGGGCGCAAUCUGGCCCGCACCUGGCAAAAUGCUGGAUCCACCGCUCCUCGGCCUUUUGUUGGAGCUAUCAACAACCACACACUCGCCUUCAAUGCUUCCGGCGCCGUAUGGGUGAAUGGAAUGGACGUGGCAGCGGCCCUGGCCAUUGCAAACUCUGGGGGCAGCGGGCAACUGAGCUGGGAUACCCCUCCCCGGCUGCUUUCAGACGUUGCCCAGGGUGCCACAUCGGUCAUCGGUGCCGAUAUCAAUGGUGAUGGACUGAUGGACGUGGUGGCAAGCAGUUUCGACGAUGACAAAGUCCAAUGGUUUCGCGGCUUGGGCAAUGGUGCCUUUGCAAGCGGAGACACCAUCACCUCAUCCGCCAAUCGCGUCUAUGCUGUGGCUACGGGCGAUCUCAAUGGUGAUGGCCACAUGGAUGUGGUAAGCGCUGGCGACGAUGGCGAGGACAGCCUCUGCUGGUACAAGAACAAGGGUGUCGCUGGCUUUGACAGCUGCCAAGACUUUGACGUCGGUGACGAUGAGGAGGACGUCACGGUGCGCGCCGUCGCCGUCGGUGACAUGGACGGUGAUGGCGACUUGGAUAUCGUGGUAGCCAUGUGGGAAGAGGACGACGACGACACUGAGGGCUACAUUGGCUGGUUCCGAAACAGUGGCACGGGCUCUUUUUCGAAUUUUCGCGAAAUGGACGAGGUUCGCCGCCCGGUCAGUCUUUUCCUGGCUGACAUGAACGGGGACGGGCUUCUGGAUGUGCUCGCAACGGACGAUGGCGCCAAUGAUGUCCUAUGGUACCGCAACCUGGGCGCCAGCAGCUUCACGUCUGGAACUAAAAUUGACUCUGACCUUGACCAGGCUGCGGCCGUGUCUGCAGCCGACGUGGAUGGUGAUGGUUUCCUGGACGUCGUGGCAGUGAGUCGUCACGAUAACUUGCUGGUGUGGUAUCGGAACCUAGAUGGCGGCAUCUUUGGUUCAGCGACGACCAUCAGCAGUACCAUCUCCGACCCUCGAGCAGUGGCCGUGGGCGACCUGAACGGAGAUGGGUAUGUGGACCUGGUCGUGGGAGCGCAUGAUGGCAAUGCGGUGGUCGCUCUUCUGAACUUGGGCAGUGGGGUGUUUACGUCCCCCAUUGAGCUGGCUACGCCCGAUGGUGUCUUUGGGCUGUGGGUCGGUGACCUGGACGGCGACGGCGAUGCAGAUGUGGCAUGCGCUUCUUUUGAUGACGAUACUGUGGCAUGGUAUGCCAACCAGUUGAUGCAGCCGAGCAAUAGCGCUGCGUACCAUGGUCCCCCGGUCACAGCAAGCGAUGCCAAUGGCGUGCUGCACCUCAAUGUUUCUGGCCAACUGUUGGUGCGCGGUGCAGAUGUGGCGCCAAUUCUGUCGGCCCAUGCUCGCGACCUGCAACUCCCUUGGGUGGGCCAGGGCAUGAUGGUGGCGCAUGACGCCCGGCCCAUCUACAGGGCAGUGAGCGUGGAUCUGGACGGCGAUGGUGACCAGGAUGUGGUGACGGCUGGAUACAGCUCAAGUUCUGGACAAGUUUUCUGGCUUCGCAACAAUGGCCAAGGACUUUUCUCUGGGCCGCUGAUUAUUGGCGAUCUGGGCACUGUGAGUUCGUUGGAUGUGGCGGACAUGGAUGGCGAUGGUCUGCUGGAUGUGGUGUGCGGAAGCUAUUUCCUUGAUAGAAUCGUGUGGUACCGCAACACGGGCAACGGGGGCUUCGCGCUGCAAGCGGACGUGGAAGACGACGCUGAGGUGUCAGCGGUACUGGCCGUGGAUAUUGACGGGGAUGGCGACAUUGAUGUGCUGCGUGCCGGUAGCCAGGACGAUACGGUUGCCUGGUAUCGAAACGACGGCACGGGAUCAUUUGCAGCGGCUUGGGCAUUGACUACCAAUGCCAAAGGCGUACGUUCCUUGGACGUGGCCGACUUUGAUGGCGAUGGUUUCCUGGAUGUGGUCGCCGCCGUCAGCAAUGACAAUGAGGUGCUUUGGUACCGCAAUCGUGGGGGUGGCUCCUUUGCUUCAGGGCAACUGGUCGGAGGGUAUUUGAAUGAUCCGCGCAUCAUUCGAGCUGCCGACCUUGACGGGGAUGGUGCUGUAGACGUGGUGUGCACGUCUUACGCGACCGACAAGAUAGUUUGGUUUCGUGGGGAUGGCAACGGCGGUUUUUCCAGCCCGCAAACUUUGGACGCGAAUCUUGACGGAGCCAACUCUCUGGCCGUUUUGGACGUUGAUGGUGACGGUGACUUGGACGUCGUGGGUGGCGGUGUCGGUGACAACCUUGUCACCUGGUAUCGAAACGAGGGCGGUGCCAUAUUCUCUGCGCGCGCUAUCGUUGGCAACCUGCCCUUGACUGUGGCCUCAGUGCAGGCUGCUGACUUGGAUGGGGAUGGAGCUUUGGAUAUUCUCAGCACUGGACUGGCCGGUGACUUGAUAUGGUAUCAUAACCCUUGGCAAUCUUGGCCGACCAACGAGGUGGUCAUGCAGAGCUGA